AUGUGCAAUAACAUAUACACUCACUUCGAGGAGUGCAACCACCGGUAUUUUCAGAACACUUCCCAUUGUCACGUCGCCCGCCGCUGCAAGCCUGCCGACGACAUGUUGCUCGAAAGCCCAGUGUUCCUGCCGCAAUUGCCCAAGAUACCACCUGGCUUGCUGGAUUGCAAACAGAGGACUCUAAUAGCGCCGAAGAAGGGUCGAUGCCCCAACUGCGAAAAGGCAGAAGUCCGACAAAGAGCAGAGGCGAGAAAGAAGGCACACGAUGCGCGGGACCAGCGGAGCGACAUAGAAAGCAGUGGCGCUUUGGUGAGCAAAAUCGAUCACAAGGACCAAAGCCCAUCAGGUGAAGGACCGUGUGGCACGAUUCGCGAGGAAACGCCUAGUCCUGAUGUUGACGCCCUCAAGGCUGUUCAGAAGAGCCUCAACCGCUUGUCCAUGCAACAAAGGCUGACACCUGAAAGAUGA